UGUCACGUCAGAAAAAAAGUAAACAAAAAGAAACUUCAUGGAUUCAAACAAUCAUGUAGAAAAUUGUAUAGAGCUACAACUCUCCGAGUUUGAAAUGCUGGGGUCUAUGUUUCCAAACAUGGGAGAACUUGAGCUCACCGAUCCCGGAGUUAUUUCCGAUUUACAAGACUUUUUAGCGGGGAGACUGCCAAGAGAUAAGAUAUCAAAGCUCGAGUACAACAUCAAUCUCACUAUAAUGGAGGCAAAAGUUAUCAUAAGUGUAGCACUUCCUGACACAUACCCAGAUACUUCAGCCCAAAUAUCUGUGCACAGUGGGCAUCUAGGAAGAAGCAAGCACAGUGAGAUAAACUUGGACCUCAGGAAUUUUCAACGAACAAUGGACCCAGGAUCAAUUUACAUUGGUUCAGUAGUUGAGUGGGUACAGGAGAAAUUUCCAGAUUACUUGUCUUUCAUAGAGGAAAAUGUUUUGGCACCAAUUAUGGAAACUGAAGAUAAGAGAACUUUCCGCAUGUGGAUACAUUCUCAUCACAUCUACAGUAAGACAAAGAUGAAAAAUAUAGAAGAAUGGGCUAGAGAACUAAACCUCAAUGGAUUUUUCCUGCCUGGAAAGCCUGGUUUCAUUUGUGUUGAGGGACUUGAAAAAAAUUGCAACAUUUGGUGGCAAAGGGUCCGAGCUAUGAAUUGGCAGAGGAUAUCCUGCAAGCUGGAAGAACAUGACGAAGUUCAAAAAUUUCGAACCUUUUCUAAUAUUGCAAAUAUCAAAGCUGCACCUGACUCAUCAGGCAUGAAAGCAUUCUUAAACUACUUGGAGGAACAUCAUAGCUCACAUGUUUUCAAAGAAUAUUUUGGCUUUGAUGGCAAAUAAAUAUUUUGUUCCACAGUCUUUAAGUACUCACCACUAUGAUCUUGUUGUAGUUUCUCAAAAUCGAUUUGCCUGUGGGUUCGGGUAUGAUGCAGUUUCUUCACCUGUUCUGCCACUGAUGGAAAGGAAAAAGUGCCAAACUUUUCAGAACCUAUCGAUUUAAAAUAAAUCAUAAGACUUGAUAUAAAUAUUGCCCAUUUACUAUUCAAUGCAACAACAGGAAAUACCUUUAAUUGCAUCACUUGAACUUGGCCUUAGAUGGCUUUGACUUAAACAUGACACAAUACAACACAAAAUAGGUAGUGCAGAAUAAAGCAGGGCCUUGGAAAAGGCUUUGACCAUGUUGAGACCACUUCCCUGUUAUAUGGCAGUAAAAUUUCAUUAACCAGACAACCAUGAAUCUAGUAAUGUAUUGACAUGAUUGAAUAAUUAAAACACCCACCUUGUUGUAAAUUUUUUCCUCAGCCGUCAGCUGCCGAAACCUGUAUCGAAGUGAAGAUGGCAAGAAACUGGCUAAAAAUUUCGAGAGGGCGAGUUUAUUCUACUGAAUACGACCAGACACGAGCUCGCGACACGUUUUGACACCCAUCCCCCAUCCCUUCAUCUACUCCAUUUUUUCCCCUUCCUCCUGGAGAAUUUUUACUUGUGUAAAUAGAAUUAAAUUUUAACGUGGUAGUGGAAUACUGAUACUUUCAUAACCUAAAAUAUGCACGGAAGAAAAAAAAAAGUGCUGUGAAUGAUGGUAGGAAAAUGAAUUAAGAUCUAACACAAAGUGGUAGUGAUCGCCAUGUGGAAACACUAAGGUAAAAAUCGACGUUGUUCAACCAGCAAUAUUGGCCAGCUUCUCAGGUGACUUUCAGUUCAACACAAAUUAUCGACCACGCGUUAAGAGUCAGCAUAUCAAUUUCCUUACGAAAUAUUAUUUUCUUCACUUGUUUUUUUUUGUUUUCGUUCUAAAACUUGUGUGAUACGGAAGUGAUCCCGUCAAGAAACAGAAAGCUUGACUUAAGCAAGCAAAUGAGACCAAAAGAACUGCUUUUUUCUUCCAUCUGACAUUGUUUUCCGUGCUCGCAACCAUACUUUCGAACCCAAUACCCCUCUGGAAAUUCAAUAUGUAUUCAUUAACCUCUAGAGGCUUCUUCAUCUGAUAUUCUGAAAAUGUCUCUAACUGGUUUACAUUUCUAGAUCAGCUCACAAAAAUUAAUAAGAUAGUAAGGUCCGCUAAUUCGACCAACAACUGGUUAUGGAAAAUGAGGUUAUGCGGGUUGUACGCUAAGGAAGGCAAACAUCGAAAAUGCGUGCAUGUAUGGCAUUGUUCCAACUCGGUGGCCUUAUUCUUCUUCUUAUAAAAGAGCUCGUUGUAGAUGUGAACUUGUACAGAUUCUUAAAAGCUGUUUCCCUGUGUGCAUCAAUUCUGGUUUAUGGUAACCACUUAACGGGAUUUUUACUUUAAAAAAAAUGAGACUCCCUUUUGUUCUGGCUGUUUUUGCGAUGGUCUUCACUGUCAUCAACUGCUAUUCCGAUGAAGAGGCCUGGAACGAUUACAAG